GGCUGCUUCCCAGGAAGAUGGAGUGACUGAGACUUGCCAGGACAGACCAGGCCCUACUCUGCUCCCCUCUGGCAAAGCUGAGCCUCUUCUAAAUCGGAGCUGGACAAGCACUUGAAAAUGUUGGUUGGAAACUCUGCACCCUCAAAAAUAUUGGCUUCCAGGGGGCCUCCAAAUGGCCUCAGACAAGGAGCGAGCUAAGCUUUCUCCAGGCUUUGCACGUGUUGGCUCAUGAGUCUUCAGUUUCGAUAAAGUUGAAGGAAGAGGAAAAAGAAGGAAGAAAAAAAAGUCCAAAGAGGAGACACUAUCAUCUCCUAUCUGGACAUGACUUAGUGACCAAACAACAACAACCCCAAGGUAUUUAACGUGAAGCCCAGGUGGUUUCGCAACAGUGGCUUCAGGCAAUUUCAAUUCCACCACCUCGAGCACUGCUGUUUGUUUCCUGUUUGUUUUCGUUUUGCCUAAGGGCCCUCAGGCCUUAGACUUCUCUGGCCUGGGCGCUAAGCUUGACAGUACUCAAGGUCUCGCUAUCUGGAAGGUUUAGUGCCAGGUUAGGUGUGCAACCUAACAUUCAAGCCAAGCUGUCUGCCUGCCGUUUCCCCUUGGACUGCUCAGAUUUCCUCAGAAUUGAGGUUUCAGAGCUAGGAGAACCAGUUCUCACCCUGAGGGCUAGUCUUGUUAACCCGACUGGGCUCAGGGAUGUCCAGAAAGCUGAUUAAAUGUUAUUCCUGAGCUGUCUGUGACAAUGUUUCCAGAAGAGAUUAGCAUUUGAAUCAGAAGACUGAGUAAAGAUCACCUUUACCAUUGCGGGUGGACGUCAUCCAAUCUAAUGAGGGUCUAGGUAGAACAAAGAAGUAGAGGAAGGGUGAAUUUGCCCUCUGCCCGAUCUCAGACAUCCAUUUUCUCCCCUUGGACUCCUGGUUCUCGGGCCUUUGGACUUGGACUGGGACUAUAGGCUUCUCUGUUCCCAGCCUUCCAGACUCGGAUUGAAUUUCACCAUUGGCUGUAAAGGUGAUCUCCACCCUGCAGAUGGCAGAUGUUGGAACAUUUCAGCCUCCAUAAUCCAGUUUUUAUUCACAACCCUCAUUCACGGAGCCAGCAUCUCGGUGCACCCAGGGUCCUCCAGAGCCCCCUGGAGUCUGAUGUUUCACUUCUUAACAUUAACCAGACAGUCAGCUGCCUGACCGCAGGAGUACUGAACCCUGAACUUGGCUAUGAUGCUCUUUUAGUGGGAACACAGACCAAUCUGUUGGCUUAUGAUGUCUACAAUAAUUCAGAUUUGUUCUACAGAGAGGUAGCAGAUGGGGCCAAUGCAAUUGUGCUGGGGACGUUGGGAGACAUUACCUCUCCUCUUGCAAUUAUCGGUGGAAAUUGUGCUCUGCAGGGUUUCAAUCACGAAGGAAAUGAUCUCUUUUGGACGGUGACUGGAGAUAACGUUCACUCCUUGGCCUUGUGUGACUUUGAUGGUGAUGGGAAGAAAGAGCUUCUUGUUGGAUCUGAGGAUUUUGAUAUCCGAGUUUUCAAAGAAGAUGAGAUUGUGGCAGAAAUGUCAGAAACAGAGAUCAUCACCUCUCUUUGCCCCAUGUAUGGCAGUCGAUUUGGUUAUGCCCUCUCCAAUGGCACCGUUGGAGUUUAUGACAAAACAGCCCGAUACUGGAGAAUUAAAGUUUGUAUGUCCAAAAAUCAUGCCAUGAGUAUUCAUGCUUUUGACCUUAACUCUGAUGGAGUGUGUGAACUGAUAACUGGUUGGUCCAAUGGGAAGGUCGAUGCUCGAAGUGACCGGACUGGGGAGGUGAUCUUUAAGGACAACUUUUCAUCUGCGAUUGCUGGUGUGGUGGAGGGAGAUUACCGGAUGGAUGGCUGUCAACAGUUAAUCUGCUGCUCGGUGGAUGGAGAAAUCCGAGGCUACCUGCCGGGCACGGCUGAGAUGAGAGGCAACCUCAUGGACAUCAGCGUAGAGCAGGACCUGAUCCGAGAGCUGAGUCAGAAAAAACAGAACCUGUUGCUGGAGCUCCGCAACUAUGAGGAAAACGCCAAGUGGGGGGAGUUACGUGUUUUGCAGGCUGAGCUGAGCAGUCCACUGAACGAGGCUGAUGGGCAUCGGGGCGUGAUCCCGGCCAACACCAAGCUCCACACCGCUCUCUCCGUCAACCUGGGGAGCGAGGCGCAGGCCGCCCAUGCAGAGCUGUGCAUUUCCACCUCUAAUGACACCAUCAUCCGAGCAGUGUUGAUUUUUGCGGAGGGCGUUUUUGCGGGUGAAAGCCACGUGGUGCACCCCAGUGUCCACCACCUCUCCAGCUCCGUCCGCAUCCCCAUCACACCUCCCAAGGACAUCCCCGUGGACCUGCACUUGAAAACCUUCGUGGGCUACAGGAGCAGCACCCAGUUUCACGUGUUUGAGCUGACAAGACAGCUACCCCGAUUCUCCAUGUAUGCGCUCACCAGCCCGGACCCUGCCAGGGAGCCCCUCAGUUACAUCAACUUUAUCAUCGCAGAACGGGCCCAGAGGGUUGUUAUGUGGCUCAACCAGAACUUUCUGUUACCAGAGGAUACUAACAUUCAGAACGCUCCAUUUCAAGUGUGUUUCACAUCCCUACGGAACGGUGGCCAGCUGUAUAUAAAGAUAAAACUUAGUGGAGAGAUUACUGUAAAUACUGAUGAUAUCGAUUUGGCUGGUGAUAUCAUCCAGUCAAUGGCAUCGUUUUUUGCUAUUGAAGACCUUCAAGUCGAAGCCAAUUUCCCUGUCUACUUUGAAGAAUUACGAAAGGUUCUAGUUAAGGUGGAUGAAUACCACUCAGUGCAUCAGAAGCUCAGUGCUGACAUGGCUGAUAACUCUAACCUGAUCCGUAGUUUGCUGGUCCGAGCUGAAGAUGCCCGUCUGAUGAGGGACAUGAAAACGAUGAAGAAUCGCUAUAUGGAACUCUAUGACCUUAAUAAAGACUUGCUCAAUGGAUAUAAAAUUCGCUGUAACAAUCACACAGAACUGUUGGGAAGCCUCAAAGCAGUAAAUCAAGCCAUUCAAAGAGCAGGUCGUCUGCGUGUUGGAAAACCAAAGAACCAGAUGAUCACUGCUUGUCGGGACGCGAUUCGAAGCAACAACAUCAACAUGCUGUUCCGAAUCAUGCGGGUGGGGACAGCUUCUUCAUAGGAGGGGAGAGACUCCUAGAAGAGGUUUCUGUAAACUUCGAGGCUGAUUUGCUUUGGAUCACAUCCUGGUGAACCCAGGGUGCUGAGAGCAAAAUCAACCUUGGUGAGUUGUACCAAUGAAAAGACAAAGCAUUGCCUCUUAGAAGUGUAUUCACUUUCUAUUUUUUUUAAAUCAGUUGUACUGUUGCUGAGUAAUACUGGUUUGUAUGGAGGGAAACAAACACUUUUGAAACAUUAGGGCUUCAAAGUCCAGUUUUUCUGUAUGUAUGUAAAAUCAGUGUAUAGAUACAUCUUUUCUUGAAAUUGUAAUUGUAAUUAAAAAUUAUUAUCUACUUUUCCAUUAAAAUGUAAAGGUGUUGCA